GCGAUUUGAAAAUAUUCCAGAGAACCCAUUUUGCGCUCGUGCAGCGCAGCAUCCCAUGAGGGAGGCUGCCUGAAGAGCCGGCUGGCACAGGUUUCUUUUGCUGUAAUAUUUUCUUUCCCCCCCCCCCAGCUCUUUACCCAGUGGAAUGAUAUCCAGAGCAAGUUUUUUGAGACAGGAAGUGAGGAAUGUUUUCACUAUGAGCGAUCUGAGAAGAAGGUGGGUUAGCCGAGAGAGCAGCUGUUUGGUACAGGAGGAACACAAUAAGUCAGUUUGCAAGGAGUACAGAUGAGAUGGCUCCAGGAGAGCAACUCUCAGCGCGCUGUGGGGGUCUCUCAGCUACGCGUACGUGAAAGAAGACUCCCUGUCUUUGGAUCGCUGCGAAAGGAUUCCAGCGGAUGCCUCUUCUCCUUCUACCCUGGUGGAAAACUUGCUUGUCUUUAAUGGAUACUGCUGCUGCUGGUUGAUCUUUGGAGACUCUACAGCUCCUUGGCCUCUGAGAGGAGGCAGCUGCUUGUCUCCCCUCAUCCCCCUGCCAGUGGUGGUACCUUUUUAUCAGUAACCAUCUCUGCGGAAAAAGAAGAUGCCUCUGCCUUUUGGGUUAAAAUUGAAACGAACUCGACGUUAUACAGUAUCCAGCAAGAGCUGCUUGGUGGCUCGUAUCCAGCUGCUCAACAAUGAAUUUGUGGAGUUCACACUAUCCGUGGAAAGCACGGGCCAGGAAAGUCUGGAAGCCGUGGCUCAGAGGCUUGAAUUGCGGGAGAUUACAUAUUUCAGUUUGUGGUAUUAUAAUAAGCAGAAUCAGCGCAGAUGGGUAGAUUUGGACAAGCCUCUGAAAAAGCAGCUGGACAAAUAUGCAUUGGAGCCAACUGUGUAUUUUGGGGUAGUGUUCUACGUGCCUACUGUUUCUCAGCUUCAGCAGGAGAUUACCAGGUAUCAGUAUUACUUGCAAUUAAAGAAAGAUAUCUUGGAGGGCAACAUUCCUUGCACACUGGAGCAAGCAAUACAUCUGGCUGGUUUAGCUGUUCAAGCUGAUUUUGGAGACUAUGAUCAGUAUGAAUCUCAGGAGUUUCUACAAAGAUUUGCCUUGUUUCCAGUGGGUUGGCUACAAGAAGAAAAGAUAUUGGAAGAAGCAACACAGAAAGUUGCCUUGCUACAUCAAAAGUACAGAGGCCUUACUCCUCCUGAUGCAGAAAUGUUAUAUAUGCAAGAAGUGGAGAGAAUGGAGGGCUAUGGUGAAGAGAGCUAUCCUGCAAAGGACAGCCAAGGAAGUGAUAUAUUCAUUGGAGCGUGUCUUGAUGGUAUCUUUGUGAAACACAAAAAUGGCCGGCCUCCUGUUGUAUUUAGGUGGCAUGACAUUGCCAACAUGUCCCAUAACAAAUCCUUUUUUGCACUAGAGCUGGCAAGCAAAGAAGAGACAAUCCAGUUCCAAACUGAAGAUAUGGAAACAGCAAAAUAUGUGUGGAGGAUGUGUGUGGCUAGACACAAAUUUUACAGACUAAAUAAAUGCAGCCUACAAACCCAGCCUGUUACAGUGAAUCCUGUUAGAAGGCGGUCUUCUUCCAGGAUGUCUUUGCCCCAGCCUCAACCUUAUAUGAUGCCUCCACCACCUCAGCUGCAUUACAACGGUCAUUAUACUGAACCAUAUGCGUCGUCCCAAGAUAACCUCUUUGUGAGCAAUCAGAACGGAUACUAUUGUCACUCUCAGACUAGCUUGGAUAGAGCUCCUCACGAUUACAGCGGCCGAAUCCGCAAUGGUAGCGUCUAUAGUGCGCAUAGCACAAACUCUUUGAAUAAUCCACAGCAUUACUUGCAGCCAUCCCCCAUGUCCUCCAACCCGAGCAUUACCGGAAGCGAUGUCCUCAGAACUGAUUAUGUACCGUCGCAUAGACAUAGUGCGCUAAUACCACCCUCUUAUCGGCCCACACCAGACUAUGAAACUGUAAUGAGACAACUCAACAGGGGAAUGAUACAUACAGACAGGCAGAGCCAUUCAAUGAGAAAUCUUAACAUCAGCAAUUCAUAUGCUUACAGCAGGCCUGAUGCCUUAGUUUACAGUCAACCUGAAAUACGAGAACAUGCUCAGUUCACUUCCCCACAGUCUAGCCAUUACCCGUUUAACCUAAAUUACAAUUUUAAUAGCCAAUCCCCCUAUCCCUAUCCGAAAAAAAAAGUCGUGGGGGCAGUCAGUGUGCCUGAGUUGACAAAUGUACAACUCCAGGCUCAGGAUUAUCCAGCGCCAAAUAUAAUGAAGACCCAAGUCUAUCGACCGCCUCCCCCAUACCCAUACCCAAGACCUGCAAAUAGUACUCCAGACCUUUCCCGCCAUCUCUACAUUAGCAGCAGCAAUCCAGAUCUUAUCACAAGGCGAGUGCACCAUUCUGUCCAGACCUUUCAGGAAGACAGCCUGCCUGUUGCACAUUCUCUUCAGGAAGUCAGUGAGCCUCUAACGUCAGCACGCCAUGCCCAGCUGCAGAAAAGGAACAGUAUUGAGAUAGCGGGCUUAACUCCCAGCUUUGAAGGUAUAAGAAUCAAAGAGAGGACCAUGUCAGCAUCUGCAGCAGAUGUGGCCCUUCCAAGGGUUAUCUCAGAAGGGUCACAGCCUAAUAUUCUGCUGGAGAGAACAAAACAAAAAGAAAAUGAGCAAGAAGGCAUGAACUGUGAGCAUAAGAAAACCCUUUCGGAUGCUACUAUGCUGAUUCACAGUAGUGAGGAAGAAGAAGAAUUUGAAGAAGAAAACAAGGCUAGCAUGAGCCUGUCACCUCUCCCUGAAGAUCAAAGCCAACUUUCAGCCAUUAUGAGUGGUUAUUCUCACGAUUCUGUACUGAGCUACCCCUACAGCUCUGUUGCUUCUUCUGCUGGACCUUUGCAUAUUCUUGAGCCUAAAUUGCAUAUUACAGAGACAGAAAAGAGAAUGAAAGAUAUGAGCCCAGUUCAUUUACUGGUAGAAAGCCAGGUACAAAGAAGAGGAGACGGACUACUUACUCCAUCGAUGUCGGAAUCUGACCUUACAACAUCAGGGAGAUACAGAGUAAGGAAGGAUUCAAUAAAGAAGCGACCUGUAUCUGAUCUUCUGUCUGGGAAAAAGAAUAUUGUGGAAGGCCUUCCCCCGCUAGGUGGCAUGAAAAAGAAUAAAACUGAUGCAAAAAAAAUAGGGCCUCUAAAGCUAGCUGCCCUAAAUGGACUAACCUUGACUAGAAUGCCUCUGCCAGACGAGGGGAAGGAAGAAUCAACAAGAGCAACAAAUGAUGAACGGUGCAAAGUUCUGGAACAACGGUUAGAGCAGGGGAUGGUGUUCACUGAAUAUGAACGCAUUCAGAAAAAAAGGCUUAUAGAUGGUGAGUGCUCAAUAGCUCGGCUUCCUGAAAAUGCUGAAAGAAACCGGUUCCAGGACGUCCUUCCUUAUGAUGAUACCAGAGUAGAGCUAGUCCCAACCAAAGAAAAUAACACUGGUUACAUCAAUGCAUCUCAUAUCAAGAUCUCUGUUGGUGGCAUUGAGUGGGAUUACAUUGCUACACAGGGCCCUUUGCAGAACACAUGUCAAGAUUUCUGGCAGAUGAUCUGGGAGCAAGGGAUUGCCAUCAUAGCUAUGGUCACAGCAGAAGAAGAAAGUGGGAGAGAAAAAAGCUUCAGAUACUGGCCACGUCUUGGCUCAAGACACAACACUGUCACAUAUGGAAGAUUUAAGAUUACCACGCGAUUCCGCACUGACUCAGGCUGCUAUGCAACUACGGGUUUGAAGAUCAAACACCUUCUCACAGGACAGGAGAGAACAGUGUGGCAUCUGCAGUAUACCGACUGGCCAGAGCAUGGCUGUCCAGAGGAUUUAAAGGGAUUUCUCUCAUACCUGGAGGAGAUACAGUCAGUGCGGCGUCAUACAAACAGCACUGCAGAUCCAAAGAACUCUAAUCCUCCUGUGCUGGUACAUUGCAGUGCAGGUGUAGGGCGAACAGGAGUGGUCAUACUGUCAGAGAUCAUGAUUGCUUGCCUGGAACACAAUGAGAUGCUGGACAUCCCACGAGUGCUGGACAUGUUGAGGCAACAGAGAAUGAUGAUGGUGCAGACUCUUUCUCAGUACACUUUCGUCUAUGGAGUUCUCAUUCAGUUUCUGAAAAGUUCUAGGCUUAUAUAAUCCCUGCCACUUCCUAAGGGAUACCACAAGAGUUUACAGAAGUAAAAUUACCGUUGUCCAUGCAGACUUGCCCUUACUGGUGUUUUCUUCCUAUGAUGAGUCACACAGUUACCUUUCAGGACUGCUAUGUGACUGUUAAAUGCAAGUUGGUGUAACAGUCCUUGCAAAGCAGGAUCUUCGCUGGACUAAAUUCUUCCCAUGUUCAGCUACAGCUAUAGGAGGGAAUGAGCCUACUUAUUCUGUUUUGUACUACUUGCACACAUUCUUUAGAGCAGUGUUACUCUAGGCAAAAUAAAUAUCUUGUGGAACAGAAGUGAAUGACACAAUUUUACUAACUUUUUAGAAAAGUAAUGUAGGUUUUAAAAAAUGAAUUAAGUGUGCAGAAGCGAAAACCUGUAGAUGCACAUGGGGAGAGGAACUUACUCCUUGGGAAUGUCAAGGUCUUAAGCAGUUUCAUUCUGCUUUCAGUUUUAUAUUUAGAUCAAUACAUCUAUGUUUUUUUAGGACGAACUUUUGGUUUCCUCUGGUUUACUCAGCAGAAUUAGCAGCUCCCAGAUGUUUUAAGAUGUCACUUUAAGGCAGUUAUUUUUGUAUUCGUCUUUUUUUAAUUUUGAAAAAACACUUUUUAAACAGCAUAAUAUUUUCAGAGGAAACAAUUGACAAUGUUUGAACUAACUUUUCAAAACUUGUGGAGAAAGUAGUAGGAGAAACUGUUGGUAGUUGUAGAGUGCCAAGUAAUAGAAUUGGCAAGUGAAAGAUCACAUCAGCUGUUGGUAACUUCCAUUUGAGCGAGAGGCAUGUUUACCUAUUGAGUUGUAGGCAAAAAGCAGGGCGAGAACAUUGUAAUUAUCUACAGGUUCUUGGAAACAAAUAGAUGAGAGAAAGUACAUAUUCAGUAUUAUUCAUAUAUUUAGAGAACAGUUUGAUUUUACUGGCUGAAAUCAAAGUGGAUGCAAAUGUUUUAAGCACUUUUUUGCUCUGUUAUUUAUGUAGUUAAACAUAGAAACUAUAAUCUUAUAUUGUUUCAUAUGGUAAUACAUCAUUACUAACCUGUUAUUUUAGGAAGAGCCCUUUAAGUUGGUGAAGUGAGAGAACCAAAAUUGGAGUAAGAAGGUAUACAGUGGUGAAGUGGAAAUGAUCAUGUGAAACAUAAUGGAGGAGGUGUGGCAGCUAUGAUUGCUGGUUUACGCAGUGCAAAGAUGACCGUUACAGUUUUUAUAUUCCCCGUCAGGAAAGCCUUUAAAGCACCGGAAGCGUCUGUAGAAUCUUUGAGAUUAUUUUGUCAACAGUAAAACAGAUUUUGCUGAUGCUGUGCAGCGUUGCUAUGAAGGAUAGUCACAGAUGCCGUUUGAGAAUGACUGCAGAACCUAAAAGUUCUUAGAAGUAACGCUGGAGAUGUGGGUAUUUUAGUAACUUUAUAGGUGGCAGAGUCGAUGGUUGUGGCAUGGAUCUGAAGAUAAGUUCUACCUCUGGUAGUUUCCAUUUUGUCCCUAACUAUCAUGGGUCUAGUCUAAUAACAGGAUCUCUGAAUACUCCUCUCUCUGUGUUUUUAAAAUGGAGAUGUUAUGAUUUUUACCUUCUUUUUCAAGUGCUUGGAGAUGCUGAAUUGAAAUUCCCUAUUCAAAAGCGAGCUAUUUGUUUGUAGAUGUCUGGUUUAAUUUCGAAAAGCCCCUCUGACAGUCAAGUCUGUGGGCCUGUUUAUGUAUCGCCUUCCUGCGAUACCGACUUAGUGAAAUGGAAUGAGAUUGAAAGUCAUUUUUAUAACUGGUAAAAUAGCGCUAUUUCUCUGUGAGCUGUGACAGGGAUUUGGCAGCUAUUAUGAAUAAUUAAAAGCCCCUUCAAAACAAUAAUUGUCUUCUCAAAACAUUAAUUAAGAGGAUAAUAAAAAUGUUGCUUCAGUUUCUUCUGUAAUAAGCUACUUCCAUAAAGACAAGCGUAAGUCCCAAUGACAUUUUCUAGUAUGUCAUCCCAUAAAAAAUGUAUUUCUCUAAAGUACAUUUUAAUAUCCACCUAGUGCAUUUGGUCUGCUUUCAAGCAGCCUGAAUUGUUCUACUCUCAAUACAAGUAAGAUUGAAUAUUUCAGAUAGGGAAAAAAACCUCUUCCUGUAACUAUAAAAUGCCUAGCAAGUGUUCGCUGCCAGAUGCAGUCCAGGGGAAACCAGUAACUGAAGACUGAUUCUUGUAUAAGCCUGUAAACAAACCAGUUUGACGUAGCCAUGUUAAUGAACUAUCCUUGAAAGGGAGAAACAUCUUUGGAUGUUUGUAUUCAGCUCAUAUUUUUAAAAUAUUGCUACUUUUGUGCCGCAGUUUAUAUAAGUCUUCAGAAAUAUGUUUGAGAGUGAAGCUGCACUGCAGAAAGGUAGCAUGUAACAUUUCCAUUUCUGAUCUUUGGACUAUGGUCUGGUACAGGCAAAUUUUAAUGAGGUUAUAUACAAUGACAACUUUGAGUGACGAUUUUCAGACGUUCGGCGGUUAACGGCUGCACAACAUCAGCUCUGAGGCAUUAAAAAAAACAACUAAAAUGAGGAAUUUAACUUGAAGCUUGUGGGAUGAGUUCUGACGUGGGUGGGUGGGGGGAACUAUCUCUCUUCUUUUGGUUAUCUUUUCCUUCCUGCUUGGAAGGACUGUGUUCACUGUGGGAGGAGUUAUUCACUCUCUAUCCUGAUAAUUACAGUUCAGAUUUUUUUUUUUUUUAAGUGAGAGCAGUGCUACCUGCUCCCCUUCAGCUUUUAAAUCCAGCCAUCAGCAGUCCGUUUUUGUGCUCUUUGUAUUAAUAGACUUUAUGUGAAUUUUCCUAAUGAAGAUAGCAGACUUGCUUUUAUAAGUAAGCAUAUAUUUCUAAGUGAGCCUUGAAAAUGAGCAGUUUCUCUUCUAAAGAUACCAACGACAUGAAACUACAACCUUCUGUGAUAAAAUGAAUUAGAUCUUCAGAUAGUUUUAAAAAUAAAAUUGAGGUCCGUUUUUAGCACUUUGUUGCUCUGAGCCUUGAUUGGGGCAUUUUUUACAUGCAGUUGCACUGGGUGCUUCAUGAAGCAUUGGACGUUAUAAGAGAGUCAGUUGUCCAAAUCCAGUCACAGCCUGAGCUGUAGGUGCAUUUAUUUGUCAAAAUUCCACUAUAAGUAAGUUCAUUUUGCCAAGUAUACUUCUGUACUUAUGGGGAAGAAACCAGAUUAUUAUCAUGCAGAUCUUUUUUAGUAUGGAAAGUUUGUUCUAGGAAGAUAUUCCUGCAGUAAGUGACAGAAAAAGAUGCUGAUUUCCUAGGAAUGUCAGAGUUCUCAGGGAUCAAUAAAGGUGCUAUAUACUGUUAAGAGGCAGAUUUGACUGUUUGUUGUGGGCUACAUGGAAAAUGCUUUUUUAGGAUCAAAUUCUAUGAAGAGUCAUCAGAAAGAAGAACCUACAAAUUACUGCUGGUAAGGGCUUCUGCACGUUUUCAUUCCUUUCUUGUUUGCUCUCGUGAGAGAUUUUUGGCCAUUGAAUCCAUGUAGUCUUGGGCUAGCGCUCUUCUUGAAGAACUUGAUUCAAAGCCCUGUUGAAGUCAUUGCAAAGAUGUCACUGACUUAGUAGGCUUUGCUUUAGGCUGUAAAUUGCUCCUCCUCCAUUCUGUGAAGGAGAAGCUCCAUGGCAUACAGAGGAGUUUUGCAUAGCUUCUCUGCAGCCUGCACAGGAGAGCUCUCCUUUUUCUCCUGUAUAUGGGAAUGCUGUCCCCUGUGAACAGCAUGAAAAGUUUUAUGCCUUAAUAUCUCUCUCUCUCUGCGAUACCUUUUGCACAAGAGAACAGUAAAAAUUAUAACUUCAGGGAGCUAUAAUUUAUAUUUAGAAAUACAUGUAAUUAAAAGCAGGUGAGCUAGGUAGGGUCUCUGUAAUUUCUGUGAGUUAAAAGCAGAUCUAAAUUAACAUUUAGGAAAAAAAACCAAGUAAAAUGAAUAGAUGAAACAGAUGUGGACUAAGCGGCAGGAAUUCUUGGCGUUUUGACAAAGUAUGUAUUUCUGGCUCCUCUUGUAAUCCUGUGUAUCUGUUUUUAAGUGGAUGACAGCUGGGGCAAUUUUGUUGAAAAAUGAGUUCUUAAAUUUAAUAACUAUGACUACCAUAGGAUGCUACUGAAGAACAGAUAUGUGGUUUUCUUGUUGGUGUAGCUGUUAAAAGUGGAGGGGCUCGGACUUUAAUGGCUUCUGGACCAAACCUGGGAGCUGCAAGGUUGUUUAUCAUUCAAGCUAGCUGUGUAAUGGGGGGGGGGGGGCCCCCUUUUU